AGAUUAGUUGUAAACACCCUUGUCUAUUUUAUCUAAAGCUAUGUCUAGAUAGCAAAUAAGGGGAAAGGAAGGUUUUUUGUUUUUGUAAAAGUCAUUUGUUUCUACUGCGCGUAGUAGCGACGUUCCUGUCUCCUUGUUUGUUAAAAUUAUUCCUUCCAAUUUAAUACCCUUCCUUUUCCCUCCCGUAGUAACCCACUUUCCAAACAAAACCCGAGUGAACCAAGUCCUGAGGCGGCUGUCACUAAAACUACACAAUACAUACUCAAAGAUAAGGUGGUAGAUAAAAAAGAACAACAGAAAAAACUACUAGAACUUGCACAGAAAUACAAGAACAAGAACCAAAAAUACAAAGACGUUAAAAAGGAAGAAACUGAAAGAAGGCGUCAAAUGUUAGAAAAGAUUUUAGCUGCUUCUGAAAAUGAACCACCACCAUUAGUAAGGCCCAAAAGUAGAAGAACAAGUAAUGUAUUAGAGAGUCGAGGAGCCAAAGAAAUUGAAUCACCAAAAACAAAUAAAUCGAAACCAAAACCACUAUCUAUUACGAAGAAAGCCAAGGAAGAAAAUAAGAUAACGUGUCAAAUUGAUAAACUAAAAAAUGAAAGUACAAUGAGUUUAGAUAGUCUUGAUGAUCAUCCGUCCGUCGUGAAUUUAAACUCGGCAGCUAAACGAUGCCAGUCUAUAGGGAUUAAUACAGAGCUUCUUUGCAUCCCCUGUGUCAUUCACGAUAGCAUACAAGAAAAAAAUGUCUUAACGAAAUGUCGAGGUAAAAUCACAGAUAAAGUCAAGGAAGAAUAUGAAGAUAACUUGUCCAUGCACAUGCUGUUUAAAAAUCCAAUGAUGACCAGCUCUUGUGAUAUCCAAUCCCGUAAAUUAGAGCAAGAGUUAAUAGAAAACACUUCUAGUAAAUCGAUUUUAUCAACCAAGGUGAAUAUUUCAAACGAUACCUUAACUCUGUCUGAUGAAAUUGUAUCUUACACAACCAUGCAAAGGACAGAUGCCCAAGAGACCAUGAGCAGUGUCAAUGCAGAAUCCUAUAAUUCAGAAACAACUCCGUUUACUAACGAUAUCAUCCACGAACUGUCUGAAAUAGACAUUUCCAAAAGUUUGAAUGAAAAUAAUAUAGAAAUACCUCUAAAUACCGAUCAACAUAACAGCGAAGAAAAUUUUGACGAUUCAGUCGAAGAUAACAAUAAUUGCAUUAUUAAUACUUACGAUGAUGAUGAUGAUGAAAAUAUAGUUACUAGUAGACACGGUAGUGGAGAGACGUAUACAAAAUUCACAGAAAAUCCUAAUGAUUUCGAGGAAUUUAUGAAUGAAACAGAUAAAAUGAUUGAAUUAAAGAAGCAUGAAAUCGAAAUUGAUAAUCCUUGCUUUGAUUUACACACACCUAAUACAAGUUCUCUUAUUUCAAUGAACAAAUCACUCAAUGAUGACGUCACAGAACGCACGAAAGAUACAAUGAAGCACAACUUUUCAGAUACUUUAAAAGAAUUAAAAAGAAAUUUUCAACAAUUGCUUAAGGGUGCCGGAGAUGCCAUGGAUGUCAAAAAAGAUGAAUCCAACCAAAGUGAAGUAAUCAAUACUAAACUUAAGGCCUCCGAUUUCGAACACAUAACUUUGUUUGGUGUAAAUGAUGUUGAUAAAGAAAAACUUGAAACGCUAUCACUAAACGAAGAAGUCAAACUCCCAACAAUACACGAGAAAAGAGUAAUUGACAAAAAAAGAGUACAAAGAAUUUAUAAACCGAAUAGAAAAUAUAAAAUGCUAGGAGAAGGGUCAAAGAAUAAAAAUGAUUUUAAGACAUUCAUUGUACAAGAGCAUACUGAGGAUAGUGACAGCCAAUCCAUAACGGCAGAAGCGCCCCCUCUGAAAUUACCCCGCAUCGACAAUAACAAUAGAAAGAGGACGUCAGGGUUCGUUCAUUUACCUUACAUACCGAUAUCCCUUAGUACAUAAGUACAUAUAUAGGAUGUGGAACCAUAUUUAUGUAUUUAAUAACUUCUUGUUUUUUAAUAAUUACU